UAAUUUAAAUAAAUUUUUUUUCUUCCUUUAAAAUUACAACUAGAAUCUGUAAAAUAGCCAAAAUAUUAAAUAUUUUUAUUGAGAGUCAUUACAAAAAAUACAUUUUUUUAUAGGUAUAUUGGACGGACACUUAUGCUAAAGAAUAACUAAAAGUAAAAUAAAGAUAUACCAAAUAAAUAAAUUAAAAAGAAUAUUGCAUUUUUUUCAGAUAAUAUUGAAGAAAAAGCAUAGUAUGGAGUAGAUUUUAUUUAAGAUUCUCAAUAAUAGCUUACAAAUGUUAGAUAUUUAAGUGAUUUGGAUGAUCCACUUCCAACAAAUAUUGUUAAUAGCUCUAAUUAUCAAAAGGGUAAUAUAAAAAUCAAAAAUAGGUAGAACUUAACGAAUGAUGUAUAGCAAUCGUAAAGAAAAUAUUCUUAAAACUUGAUACAGUAGAAGGAAAAUAUCAAAAACAAUUUAUAAGACUAAAAGUUUAAGAAUAGCUCUAAAAGAUAGAGUUUAUCACCAUAAUAAUAAUUAGAUAAAGACAAUCGUAAUAUAUAUGAAAUUGAUCAAAAAUAAUUAUAUGAAGAGCUAGAUGAGUGGAAAAAUGAAUUAGAGAAUACAAAAAGAGUUCAAAAUUAUACUGAAUAGAUAUUUGGCAUCAAAGAAUCAACUUAGAGCUUCUUAGGAUAAGAUAGAUUUAAUAAUAGGCAUUUAAGAUAAUUUAAAUAAAUUUCAGUUUAAAAUUUAAAUGGAAAUUAAGCUAAAAAUGAAUAUGAAAAAAAUUAAAAUGGCAAUAUAAACUAAUAAACUUCUAGACAAACUAUGUCAAUAUCAAAUGAUAUAUAACUUUCAUAAAUAGAUUCUACUAAGUUUAAUGCUUCUAAUAUAUAGCAAAGAAUGAAAUUGAACGUUUAAGAAAGCACAAUUAACUAGGAACCAUAAAUAAAUGAAAUCAUCUUAAAUAGUAUAGUAAAUAAUUAUGAUUUUAGUUCAUCUGGUAAUUAGUAAAUUCAAAAGAAUAAUUCAAAUAGCACUGAUGAUAAAUAAAAGCAUUUACUUUCUAAUGGAGCCUCGCCUUAAAUGAAAAGAAAAAUAAAAAAAAAAUAUUAUGAACCUGAAAACGAAAUUAGUUCCAAUUAAUUAGCUACCCAAUAAUAAACAUCAUCUUUACAAAAUUAUGAUAGUGAAACUUAGGAUAGUAGAAGUGUUAUUAAAAUUAUAGCUUAGCCAAAAAAAACAAUUAAACAGAUUUAAUCUGAAACAAAUGAGAUGCUUAUAGAAAAAUUAUUUCUUUUAAAACUUAAGAAAAAAAUAGAGCCACUUCAUUAAGAGCAUAUUGAAGAUUUAAAACAUAGAUUUUUAGCAAAGUUUAAAGAAUAAAGCUCACUUUAAGAUAAUAUAAACGGAUAAAAAUAAAAAUAAUUUUUAUCUAGAUUACCAAGUCCUAGGGUGAACGAAGAAAGAUAAAAUUCAGGGUUUAUUUCUGAAAGAAAUACUAGACCUUAAAGCAUAACAAGCUAGUUUUUUUAAAAACAAUAAGAAAUUGUCAAAGAUGAAAUAGAAAAUUUUUAAAAGAAAACUUUAGAUUCAUUCAAAUUUAUAUAAUAAAUUAAGAGAGCAAAAUCUGGUACUCCAUAACUACUCAAUUUAGUGAGUGGGAAAAAGGUAGGUGGAAAUUAAAGUUAAACAAAAACAGAAUAAUAUAUCCAAUAACUAGAAAAAGAAUUUACUUUAAAUUAGGUUAAAUAAAGUGCACAAUUAACUAAAAAUCUUGAAAAUGCAAAUGAGGGUACAUUUUUAAACGAAUAAGUUCAAUAAUAGCUUUUAUUAAAUUACAAAUAAAUGGUUAGCAAUAUCAAAGAAAAAAAAGAUAUUUUAGAAUCUAGCCGCUUAGAAACAUUUAAAUUACAGUCAAUAAUAAAUUAAAUAUAAGAAGAAAAAAAAGAUUUGCAGUAAAAAAUGCAAGUUGAACUUGAAAAAGCAGCACUCUAAAAAUAUUAAGUUUUCAGCAGACAAAAUAUUACUUUAGAAAAAGAGCAAGAAUCUAACUAAGAAAAAUAACUCAGAUAGGGAAGAAACAAAGAGCAGAAAAAUUAAAAAUCAUUUGCGAAUUUGAACAGUUAAAUUUAAGAGUAACAAAAAAACAUUUAAAUUGAUUUCGAUAGAAGACAAAGAUCCUUAAGUAACAAAAUAAGGCAACUUUAAUAACUACUUAAAGAAAAUUAACUUAAUUCAAACAGCCUCCAGGAAGAGCUUAGUAAUCUAAAGAAUUCAAAACUAACAAAAAAAAAGUAGUUAAAAAAUUACUAUCUUUCUCUUCUUUAAUAGCAUAAGUCAUAUGAAAGUCCAUAAAUAUCAAUCAUUAAGCUCAUAGAAUAUAUGUAGGAAAUCGAUGAAGAAAUUGACGAAAAAAUGUUACCUAAUUACUUUGAUUAAGACAAUAUCGAAUUUGUAAAAAAACUCUAGAGACUCAGUAUAUAGCUAGAAAAACUUCAAGAAGAAUUUUAAAUAGUUUCAAAAAGCACAAAAAAUUCUCUCCACUCAUAAAUUUAGUUGAAUAAAAUUUAGUAAAGUCAGUAAGAGUUUGUUAGUUCUCCUAUUUUAAAAUCUUCACUUAAUUUAACAUAACCAAAAAAACCGUUCUUAGACUAAUAAAGCUAAAUAGAAAUCAAAAUGAAUAAUUAAAUUAUAAAAAAUUUAGCUUAAGGUAGCUCUCCUGCACUCUCUUAAUCUUUAAUAUCUUAAAAUUUGGUUUCUAAUAGAAAUUGGGAAGAUGAAGAUAAAAAAUUACUUAAAAUGAUGAUAGGAAAAGAAGUAAAUCAUAAACAAGAAAUUAAAAAGAAACUCUCUAAAAUAUCUAAAAAUACUCUUCAAACAAAGAAUUAAAAUUUAGAAUAUUUUUAGCUUUAUUCACAAAAUUAUAUUGUCUAAGAGGAAGAUGAUUAGGAAAAAGAUAAUUCUAGCCUCCUUUUUUAGGAUAGAGUAAAGGAAAAUGCUCUGAAAGAGAGAGAACCUAGGUAUUCGAGUGCUCUUAAAUUUGCAAAUAGAUAAAAAGAAGAAGAUGAAUACUAUUUUUUUCUUUACAAUCUAAAAAGAGGUUCUUUGUCAAUUUUAGAAUAUAAUAAAAAAUUAUCAGAGUAAAUUUAGCACAUAUAAACUAAUAUUGAUAGCUUAAAAGAAUAAGAGUUAGAAAGGCUUAUUAAAAAGUAUAAUAAUAUAACUGCUGAAGAUAGAUUACUCAAUGUGAAGAAAAUAUUUAUACUAAUGUAUGGAUUUUAAGAAGGAAAUGAUUGGUAUUCUAAAUUUAUUAAAAAAAGAAAAGAAAUGUUAAUAAAAUCUGUGGCUAGCAAAACAUUUAACUUUUAAGAAUAUAUCUACAGUAAAAACAAUUAACAAAAAAUAGAUUUUAUGAUAAACUAAAAAGAUUAGCUUUCCAAAUAAGAAAAAUACUAAAUUCAAUAAGAUUUUUAAAAAAAUGAAAAUGAAUCUAAAAAAGAAACAGAAAAAGUAAAAUCUUACAAUCCAUAGCAAAUUCAUUAAUAAAAAGAGUUAAUUUUAAAUAGAUUUAAAGUUUUAUAAGAAACUCCUAAUUCAAUAGGAGGUUCUAAUACUACAAGACAUUAAUAAUUAUAAGAUCCAUUUUAAUUAUUUAUUAAAAAAACUAAUUUAGAGUAAAUUUCUAAUCUGAAAGCAAAUCCUAGAGAAACAAAGAAUUAGAAACAAAGAAAAAGUGUACACUUUUAAAAUUAUAAUCUUGUAUAAGAAUAAAAUGAAAUAAACUAACUAAGUAAUACUACUUUAAAUUUCUCCUCAAAAAAUUUAUGA